AUGUCGUGGAUGAAAGGAGAUUUACUUUCCAAAAGCAGGAGGCUUGUUGGUGGAUUGGCUAUGCGAGAACCUGUUUGGCUUAAAGCCAUGGAAGCUUCACCACCUCCUGUGUUUCCUCGCUCUAAUGGGAAGAUCAAGAAGAUUGUUCUUCCUGAGGAUUCCUACGUUCGUAAAUUCGCCCUUAAGCAUCCUGAAUCCAAAAUUGACAACCCAAACAAGAUCUCGGCGUUUCUUCCAGAUCCAGCACGUGUGUACGGUUCUCGAAUCCUUCAACUGACUGAGCAUGGCAUCAGCGAGGAUGAGGCUAUGUCUGUAGCUAAUAUGGAAUAUAUGUCAGAGAGAAAGGAAAAGAAGAAAGCAUACAAACGCUUGAAGGAGCUUGCGAAAAUGCAAGAUAAGCUCCCUCCUCCUAAACCGUAUCCUAGUGCCAAAAAAGGGAUACAAACUCAAGUGACGAAAUCAGCUAGGGAUCGGUUCCAAACUCCUAGCGUCCGCAGGCUAGUUAACCAAUUGAGACAGGAGAAAGAUGUGUUGCUGCAGGACAAGACCGGAGUAAAUGCUAAUCAGGAUCAUUGGAUCGACGAAUAA